CCCGAGAGCGUGGGUUCAUUCCUAUUUCCUGUCAUCCAGAGAGGUGUUUCGCGCUCUCCACUCUCUGAUUACUUUAUCUCCAAAAACCCUAGAAACCGAUUUCCUGCUCGAUACUGAAUUCAAUUCCCCGAUUGUUGUCGAGGUAGUCUCCAAUUAGGGUUUGUUCGUAGAUGCUGUAGAGAAAUAUGUGGGGCGGAAAUCCGCAAGAUAUGUGGGGAAACAGUGGUAAUAGCGACGGUAAUGGUGGAAAUAUGGUGGCGGCGCCGCCGCCUCCAGGCAUACCUCCACCGUUAAUGCCACCGGGGACUAGUGGAGGAGCUGGACCUAGUGGUCCGCCUCCUCUUCCACCUCCGCCUUCUUAUACUGUUUUGCCGACGGAGGCACAGCUCGAGGAGAAAGCUCGGAAAUGGAUGCAGCUUAACUCGAAGAGGUAUAGCGACAAGAGGAAGUUUGGUUUUGUCGAAACGCAGAAGGAGGACAUGCCGCCAGAGCAUGUGAGGAAGAUUAUUAGAGAUCAUGGUGACAUGUCCUCAAAAAAAUAUCGUCAUGAUAAACGUGUCUAUCUUGGAGCUCUUAAGUUUGUUCCGCAUGCUGUGUACAAGCUUCUUGAGAACAUGCCAAUGCCUUGGGAACAGGUCCGUGAUGUGAAGGUCUUGUACCAUAUAACUGGCGCUAUUACAUUUGUCAAUGAAAUACCAUGGGUGGUUGAGCCCAUUUAUCUAGCACAGUGGGGUACGAUGUGGAUAAUGAUGCGGCGGGAGAAGAGAGAUCGGCGACACUUCAAGAGGAUGCGCUUUCCUCCAUUCGAUGAUGAGGAGCCUCCUCUUGAUUACGCCGAUAAUCUGUUGGAUGUGGACCCAUUGGAGCCAAUUCAGUUAGAGUUAGAUGAGGAAGAAGAUUCUGCUGUGUAUACUUGGUUUUAUGAUCAUAAGCCUCUUGUAAAAACUAAGCUUAUAAAUGGCCCUAGUUAUCAAAAAUGGCAUUUGUCCCUUCCAAUCAUGGCAACACUUCACCGUCUUGCUGGACAGCUUCUCUCUGAUCUGAUUGAUCGCAACUAUUUCUACCUAUUUGAUAUGGAGUCAUUUUUUACUGCCAAAGCACUGAACAUGUGCAUUCCUGGCGGCCCUAAGUUUGAACCUUUGUAUCGGGACAUGGAAAAAGGAGAUGAAGACUGGAAUGAGUUUAAUGAUAUAAACAAGCUUAUCAUCAGGUCACCUCUAAGGACAGAGUACAGAAUUGCAUUCCCUCAUCUGUAUAACAACAGACCCCGGAAGGUGAAGCUUGGAGUGUAUCACACCCCUAUGGUUAUGUACAUAAAGACAGAGGAUCCUGAUCUACCUGCAUUUUACUAUGAUCCUCUAAUUCACCCCAUAACUAGCUCCAAUAAGGAUAGACGGGAGAAGAAGAAUUAUGAAGAGGAGGAGGAUGAUGACUUUUCUUUGCCUGAAGGGGUUGAACCAUUGCUCAAAAGUACUCCCAUAUAUACUGAUACUACUGCUGCAGGUAUAUCACUUCUGUUUGCACCACGACCUUUUAACAUGAGAUCAGGUCGUAUGCGCCGUGCUGAAGACAUACCUCUUGUGUCUGAGUGGUACAAGGAACACUGUCCUCCAUCAUAUCCUGUCAAAGUUCGUGUGAGUUAUCAGAAGUUGUUGAAAUGUUUUGUGUUAAAUGAGCUGCAUCAUAGGCCGCCUAAGGCUCAGAAAAAGAAGCACCUGUUUCGUUCUCUUGCAGCCACAAAGUUUUUCCAAACCACAGAACUUGAUUGGGCUGAAGCUGGACUCCAAGUUUGUAAGCAGGGUUACAAUAUGUUGAAUCUGUUGAUUCACAGGAAAAAUCUGAAUUACCUUCAUCUUGACUAUAAUUUCAACUUGAAACCUGUGAAGACUCUCACAACAAAGGAGCGCAAGAAGUCUCGUUUUGGUAAUGCUUUUCAUCUUUGUCGUGAAAUACUUAGACUGACAAAGCUUGUAGUGGAUGCAAAUAUCCAGUUCCGGUUAGGAAAUGUGGAUGCAUUUCAGUUGGCAGAUGGCUUGCAAUACAUAUUUUCACAUGUUGGGCAGUUGACGGGUAUGUACAGAUAUAAAUACAGGCUCAUGCGGCAGAUACGGAUGUGCAAGGAUUUGAAACACUUGAUUUAUUACCGAUUUAAUACUGGGCCUGUUGGGAAAGGACCUGGAUGUGGUUUCUGGGCACCUAUGUGGAGAGUGUGGUUAUUCUUCCUUCGUGGAAUAGUGCCUCUUCUGGAGCGGUGGUUGGGGAACCUACUGGCAAGACAAUUUGAGGGACGGCAUUCUAAAGGGGUUGCUAAAACUGUUACCAAACAGCGUGUUGAAAGCCAUUUUGACUUGGAACUUCGUGCUGCUGUGAUGCAUGAUGUUCUUGAUGCCAUGCCAGAGGGCAUUAAGCAAAAUAAGGCAAGAACGAUCUUGCAGCAUCUGAGUGAAGCAUGGCGUUGUUGGAAAGCCAAUAUUCCCUGGAAAGUGCCUGGUCUGCCUGUACCAAUUGAGAACAUGAUUCUUCGCUAUGUCAAGUCAAAAGCUGAUUGGUGGACAAAUGUUGCUCAUUAUAAUCGUGAACGUAUACGAAGAGGUGCAACUGUGGACAAAACAGUCUGUCGGAAGAAUCUUGGAAGAUUGACCCGUCUUUGGUUGAAAGCUGAGCAGGAACGUCAGCAUAAUUAUCUAAAAGAUGGUCCAUAUGUGACACCGGAAGAAGCAGUGGCCAUAUACACUACCACUGUGCACUGGUUGGAGUCCAGAAAAUUCUCACCUAUUCCAUUUCCUCCCUUGUCAUACAAGCAUGAUACAAAACUACUUAUCCUUGCCCUUGAAAGGUUGAAAGAAUCUUAUAGCGUGGCUGUCAGGUUAAAUCAACUACAAAGAGAAGAGUUGGGUCUCAUUGAACAAGCUUAUGAUAACCCGCAUGAGGCCUUGUCACGGAUUAAGCGUCAUCUUCUGACCCAACGUGCCUUCAAAGAAGUUGGCAUCGAGUUCAUGGAUUUAUACAGUUACUUGAUACCUGUGUAUGAGAUUGAACCGCUUGAGAAGAUCACAGAUGCAUAUCUAGACCAAUAUCUAUGGUAUGAAGGUGACAAGCGCCAUCUGUUUCCCAAUUGGAUAAAGCCAGCGGAUUCAGAACCUCCACCACUAUUGGUCUAUAAAUGGUGUCAGGGUAUAAAUAACUUGCAAGGCAUAUGGGAUACAAGUGAAGGUCAAUGUGUUGUGAUGCUUCAAACCAAAUUUGAGAAAUUCUUUGAAAAGAUUGAUUUGACUAUGCUAAAUAGACUUCUUCGCUUGGUUCUGGACCAUAAUAUUGCUGAUUAUGUCACGGCCAAGAACAAUGUCGUGCUGUCUUACAAGGACAUGAGUCAUACCAACUCUUAUGGUCUUAUUCGUGGUCUGCAAUUUGCUUCCUUUGUCGUACAGUACUAUGGCUUAGUGCUCGAUCUUUUACUUCUUGGUUUAACUAGAGCCAGUGAAAUCGCUGGUCCACCACAGAUGCCUAAUGAGUUUAUCACUUACUGGGACGCUAAAGUGGAGACACGACACCCCAUAAGAUUGUACUCCCGUUACAUUGAUAAGGUGCACAUAUUGUUUCGGUUCACUCAUGAAGAGGCACGGGACCUUAUCCAACGGUACCUUACUGAGCAUCCUGAUCCCAACAAUGAGAAUAUGGUUGGUUAUAACAACAAGAAGUGCUGGCCAAGGGAUGCACGCAUGAGGCUCAUGAAACAUGAUGUCAAUCUUGGGAGAAGUGUGUUUUGGGACAUGAAGAAUCGUCUUCCCAGAAGUAUCACCACAUUGGAGUGGGAGAACAGCUUUGUCUCUGUUUACAGCAAAGAUAAUCCCAACUUGCUUUUUAGCAUGUGCGGUUUCGAGGUUCGUAUACUGCCAAAGAUAAGGAUGAGUCAGGAAGCAUUUAGCAAUACAAGAGAUGGGGUUUGGAACUUGCAGAAUGAGCAGACUAAAGAGCGUACUGCAGUUGCUUUCUUACGUGUUGAUGAUGAGCACAUGAAAGUUUUCGAGAAUCGUGUAAGGCAGAUCCUUAUGUCAUCAGGUUCUACAACAUUCACCAAGAUCGUCAACAAAUGGAAUACAGCUUUGAUAGGUCUGAUGACAUAUUUCCGUGAAGCCACUGUGCAUACACAGGAAUUGUUAGAUUUACUGGUCAAAUGUGAAAAUAAAAUUCAGACCCGUAUUAAGAUUGGGUUAAAUUCAAAAAUGCCAAGCAGGUUUCCUCCUGUAAUCUUUUACACACCAAAAGAAAUUGGGGGAUUAGGGAUGUUGUCAAUGGGUCACAUAUUGAUUCCACAGAGUGAUCUCCGAUAUAGUCAGCAGACAGAUGUAGGUGUAACACAUUUCAGGAGCGGAAUGAGUCAUGAAGAAGACCAGUUGAUUCCAAAUCUUUAUCGUUACAUACAGCCUUGGGAGAGUGAAUUCAUUGAUUCGCAACGAGUUUGGGCUGAAUAUGCUUUAAAGAGACAAGAGGCGCAGGCACAGAAUAGACGUUUGACUCUUGAAGAUCUGGAAGAUUCAUGGGACCGUGGAAUUCCUCGAAUCAACACUUUGUUUCAGAAAGAUAGACACACCCUUGCAUAUGACAAAGGAUGGAGAGUGAGAACAGAUUUUAAGCAAUAUCAAGUUCUGAAGCAGAAUCCAUUCUGGUGGACCCACCAGAGGCAUGAUGGAAAGCUAUGGAACUUGAACAAUUAUAGGACUGACGUUAUUCAAGCACUUGGAGGAGUUGAAGGAAUUCUGGAGCACACUUUAUUUAAAGGAACUUACUUCCCUACUUGGGAGGGUCUCUUCUGGGAAAAGGCAUCAGGUUUUGAAGAAUCCAUGAAGUAUAAGAAGCUGACCAAUGCACAAAGAUCUGGGCUUAAUCAAAUUCCUAAUCGUAGAUUUACACUUUGGUGGUCACCUACAAUAAAUCGAGCAAAUGUUUAUGUUGGUUUCCAAGUGCAGCUGGAUUUGACAGGGAUAUUUAUGCAUGGAAAGAUCCCAACUUUGAAGAUAUCUCUAAUACAGAUUUUCCGUGCGCACUUGUGGCAGAAGAUUCAUGAAAGUGUUGUGAUGGAUCUUUGCCAGGUCUUGGAUCAAGAACUUGAUGCAUUGGAAAUUGAGACAGUGCAGAAGGAAACAAUCCAUCCAAGGAAAAGCUAUAAAAUGAACAGCUCGUGUGCUGACAUUCUUUUAUUUGCAGCCCAUAGGUGGCCUAUGUCAAAGCCUAGUCUUGUGGCUGAGUCAAAGGAUGUGUUUGAUCAGAAGGCUAGCAAUAAAUAUUGGAUAGAUGUUCAACUUCGUUGGGGUGAUUAUGACUCUCAUGACAUUGAGAGGUAUACAAGGGCAAAAUUUAUGGAUUACACAACAGAUAACAUGUCUAUAUAUCCUUCACCCACUGGGGUUAUGAUUGGAAUUGAUCUUGCUUACAACCUGCAUUCUGCCUUUGGUAACUGGUUCCCUGGCUCUAAACCGUUGCUUGCUCAGGCCAUGAACAAAAUCAUGAAGUCAAAUCCUGCUUUAUAUGUUCUGAGGGAACGGAUAAGGAAAGGUUUGCAAUUGUAUUCUUCAGAGCCAACAGAGCCAUACCUGUCAUCUCAAAACUAUGGUGAAAUCUUCAGUAACCAGAUAAUCUGGUUUGUUGAUGACACUAAUGUCUACAGAGUGACCAUCCACAAGACAUUUGAAGGCAAUCUCACGACGAAACCCAUCAAUGGUGCCAUCUUCAUUUUCAAUCCGAGGACAGGACAGCUAUUUCUUAAGGUUAUUCACACGAGUGUUUGGGCUGGGCAAAAGCGUUUAGGGCAGCUGGCCAAGUGGAAGACUGCUGAAGAAGUGGCUGCCCUGGUGCGUUCUUUACCGGUGGAAGAACAGCCAAAGCAGAUAAUUGUCACUCGGAAGGGAAUGUUGGAUCCCUUGGAGGUUCACCUACUGGAUUUUCCUAAUAUUGUCAUUAAAGGAAGUGAGCUUCAGCUGCCAUUCCAAGCAUGCUUGAAAAUUGAAAAAUUUGGUGAUCUGAUCCUGAAAGCCACAGAACCACAAAUGGUCUUGUUCAACAUCUAUGAUGAUUGGCUUAAAAGUAUUUCUUCAUACACGGCUUUCUCCAGAUUGAUCUUGAUCUUGCGCGCACUUCAUGUAAACAAUGAGAAGGCAAAGAUGUUACUGAAGCCAGACAAGACAAUUGUUACUGAACCGCAUCAUAUUUGGCCCUCUCUUACAGAUGAUCAGUGGAUGAAGGUUGAGGUUGCUUUGAGGGAUCUCAUCUUGUCGGAUUAUGCCAAGAAGAACAAUGUGAACACUUCAGCACUUACACAGUCAGAGAUCCGUGAUAUAAUCCUUGGAGCUGAAAUUACUCCCCCUUCUCAGCAGCGACAACAAAUUGCAGAGAUAGAAAAGCAGGCUAAGGAAGCAAGUCAACUGACAGCAGUCACCACAAGAACCACAAAUGUACAUGGGGAUGAACUGAUUGUUACAACUACAAGCCCAUAUGAGCAAGCUGCAUUUGGGUCUAAAACUGACUGGCGUGUUAGAGCAAUUUCGGCGACAAAUCUUUAUCUUCGAGUGAAUCACAUUUAUGUUAAUUCUGAGGAUAUAAAGGAAACUGGUUACACUUACAUAAUGCCCAAAAACAUCUUGAAGAAGUUCAUCUGCAUUGCCGACUUACGGACUCAAAUUGCAGGUUAUUUGUAUGGCAUUAGCCCUCCUGACAAUCCUCAGGUAAAGGAAAUUCGUUGCAUUGCCAUGCCACCACAAUGGGGAACUCAUCAGCAAGUGCAUCUGCCGUCAGCUCUUCCAGAGCAUGACUUCCUUAAUGAUUUGGAGCCUUUGGGAUGGAUGCAUACCCAGCCAAAUGAACUUCCUCAAUUGUCACCUCAGGAUCUAACAAAUCAUGCUCGAAUUUUGGAGAACAACAAGCAAUGGGAUGGAGAGAAGUGCAUUAUUCUAACUUGUAGUUUUACACCUGGGUCGUGCUCAUUAACUGCAUAUAAGCUGACGCCAUCUGGCUAUGAGUGGGGACGCGCCAACAAGGAUACAGGAAGUAAUCCUCAUGGUUACUUGCCAACACACUAUGAGAAGGUCCAGAUGCUCCUAAGCGAUCGUUUCUUUGGUUUUUACAUGAUUCCAGAUAACGGACCAUGGAAUUACAACUUCAUGGGCGUAAAGCAUACUGUAAGCAUGAAGUAUGGAGUCAAACUGGGAACGCCUAGGGAAUACUAUCAGGAGGAUCAUCGGCCAACUCAUUUCUUGGAGUUUAGCAAUUUGGAGGAGGGUGAGACUGCAGAGGGGGACCGCGAGGAUACAUUUACUUAAAUCUUGUUUUUGUUUUGCAUCUAAUGCUUCUAGAGCAUCUCUCCUCCAGACAGACCAUUUAAACCUUGGGAUGUGUGAAGAUCAAAAUUUCUUCCAUGACUUUUUUUGUGCCUCUUAUGCUGACACGCAUCUGUUGUAGCUGCCUUUGAAGUUGUAAAUAUGUGUUGGAAAUAUGUAAUUUUGAUCUUAGCUUCAGGCUGGUAUUUGUAUUUUAGGUGUUAGAGAAUGUUAAGCGUAUUAUUCCGUUCACUGUUAAUUUCUGUGUUUUAAUAGUUGCA